AUCUUACCCGCAGGGAAGGGCCUAGCAGGAAGCGAAGCGGCUCUUCUCGCUAUCUGCCGCUAGUUUACCGGAAGCGAGUUGCGACUCGGCAGGUUCCCGCCCGGAAGCAGCGACCAAAGCGCCUGAAGACCGGCAACAUGGUGCGGUCGGGAAAUAAGGCAGCUGUUGUGCUGUGUAUGGAUGUGGGCUUUACCAUGAGUAACUCUUUUCCUGGUGAAGAAUCCCCAUUUGAACAAGCAAAGAAGGUGAUAACCAUGUUUGUUCAGCGACAGGUGUUUGCUGAGAACAAGGAUGAGAUUGCUUUAGUCCUGUUUGGUACGGAUGGCACUGACAAUCCCCUUUCUGGUGGGGAUCAGUAUCAGAACAUCACAGUGCACAGACAUCUGAUGUUACCGGAUUUUGAUUUGCUGGAGGACAUUGAAAGCAAAAUCCAACCAGGUUCUCAACAGGCUGACUUCCUGGAUGCACUAAUUGUGAGCAUGGAUGUGAUUCAACAUGAAACCAUAGGAAAGAAGUUUGAGAAGAGGCAUAUUGAAAUAUUCACUGACCUCAGCAGCCGAUUCAGCAAAAGUCAGCUGGAUAUUAUAAUUCAUAGCUUGAAGAAAUGUGACAUCUCCCUGCAAUUCUUCCUGCCUUUCUCACUUGACAAGGAAGGUGGAAGUGGAGACAGAGGAGAUGGCCCCUUUCUCUUGGGUGGCCAUGGGCCCUCCUUUCCACUAAAAGGAAUUACCGAACAGCAAAAAGAAGGUCUUGAGAUAGUGAAAAUGGUGAUGAUAUCUUUAGAAGGUGAAGAUGGGUUGGAUGAAAUUUAUUCCUUCAGUGAGAGUCUGAGAAAACUGUGUGUCUUCAAGAAAAUUGAGAGGCAUUCCAUCCACUGGCCCUGCCGACUGACCAUUGGCUCCAAUUUGUCUAUAAGGAUUGCAGCCUAUAAAUCGAUUCUACAGGAAAGAGUUAAAAAGACUUGGACAGUUGUGGAUGCAAAAACUCUAAAAAAAGAAGAUAUACAAAAAGAAACAGUUUAUUGCUUAAAUGACGAUGAUGAAACUGAAAUUUUAAAAGAGGAUAUUAUUCAAGGGUUCCGCUAUGGAAGUGAUAUAGUUCCUUUCUCUAAAGUGGAUGAGGAACAAAUGAAAUAUAAAUCGGAGGGGAAGUGCUUCUCUGUUUUGGGAUUUUGUAAAUCUUCUCAGGUUCAGAGAAGAUUCUUCAUGGGAAAUCAAGUUCUAAAGGUCUUUGCAGCAAGAGAUGAUGAGGCAGCAGCAGUUGCACUUUCCUCCCUGAUUCAUGCUUUGAAUGACUUAGACAUGGUGGCCAUAGUUCGAUAUGCUUAUGACAAAAGAGCUAAUCCUCAAGUCGGCGUGGCUUUUCCUCAUAUCAAACAUAACUAUGAGUGUUUGGUGUAUGUGCAGCUGCCUUUCAUGGAAGACUUGCGGCAAUACAUGUUUUCAUCCUUGAAAAACAGUAAGAAAUACGCUCCCACUGAGGCACAGUUGAAUGCUGUUGAUUCUUUGAUUGACUCCAUGAGCUUGGCAAAGAAAGAUGAGAAGACAAACACCCUUGAAGACAUGUUUCCAACCACCAAAAUCCCAAAUCCUCGAUUUCAGAGAUUAUUCCAGUGUCUGCUGCACAGAGCUUUACAUCCCCGGGAGCCUCUGCCCCCAAUUCAGCAGCAUAUUUGGAAUAUGCUGAAUCCUCCCACUGAGGUGACAAAGAAAUCUCAGAUUCCACUCUCUAAAAUAAAGACCCUUUUUCCUCUGAUCGAAGCCAAGAAAAAGGAUCAAGUAAUUGCUCAGGAUGUUUUCCAAGACAACCAUGAAGAUGGACCCACUGCUAAAAAAUUAAAGACUGAGGAAGGGGGAGCCCACUUCAGCAUCUCCAGCCUGGCUGAAGGCAGUGUCACCUCUGUUGGAAGUGUGAAUCCUGCUGAAAACUUCCGUGUUCUAGUGAAACAGAAGAAAGCCAGCUUUGAGGAAGCAAGUAACCAGCUCAUAAAUCACAUCGAACAGUUUUUGGAUACUAAUGAAACACUGUAUUUUAUGAAGAGCAUGGACUGCAUCAGAGCCUUCCGGGAAGAAGCCAUUAAGUUUUCAGAAGAGCAGCGCUUUAACAACUUCCUGAAAGCACUUCGAGAGAAAGUGGAAAGUAAACAAUUAAAUCAUUUCUGGGAAAUUGUUGUUCAGGAUGGAAUUACUCUGAUCACCAAAGAGGAGGCAUCUGGAAGUUCUGUCACAGCUGAGGAAGCCAAAAAGUUUCUGGCCCCUGAUAGUUCUCAGUUACUAAGCUUCUACAAUAUGCUAGGCACUGUGCUGGAUGAUAAAACAGCACCCCUUCCCUGUAGAAGCUCAGGCAGUUAAAAUGGAGCAUAGGGAAGCAACGGAGACUCAGAAAAUAACUAUAUACACUAAGGGAGAGCUUGGUCUGGGCUGGUGAACAGGAAUCUGUUAGGCAAGUGACAGACGCAAAACUGGAAAUGUUAAUCAGAUGGCUAAAUUCAGGCCAAAAUUUAAGUAUCUUUAAUUUUCAACUCAAGAAAGGCAUUUGGCAGAAACCAUAGUAUGGUUUGGAAGAGAAAUUAAAAUAUACAAUAAUUUUUAUUAAGCACUUUGCCUAGCAAAAGGUUUUUGUUAAAAAACAGGCCAUCCCUACCUUCAGGGAGUAAGAUCCUAGAAUUUUUGAAGCAUACUGUAAGGUGGUGAUUAUCAUCUCAAAAGGGUUUUCAUGGUGUCUGUACUGUUUUCUUCCACAGUCAGUACUGAGUACCAUGGGCUUGAAUAUGCCAUUUAACUGUUUGGUUUUAUUUCUAUUUGUCACUUUAUACAAUGUUUGAUAAUAUCUCCCCCUUGAACUGGGCUGUCAGUCAAGGUUCUCCAGAGAAACAGAACCAAGACAACAUACAUCUGUGCAUGUUUGUGUAUGCACAUAAGCAUACACAUAUAUCUGUAUAUAUAAAGAGAUAUUUAUUUAUUGGCUGACUUUCAGAAAUUGGCUUAUGUGAUUGUGGGGCUUGGCAGGUCUGAAAUUCAUUGAACAGGCUAGCAGACUGGAAACUCAGGCAGGAUUUCUGUGUUAUAGUCCUGAAGCAGAAACCUCAGCUUUUGCUUUUAAGGCCUUGACUUGGUUGGAUGUGACCUACAGACAUUAUUGAGAGUAAUCUUUGCUUAAAGUCAGCUGAUUGUAAAUGUUAAUCACAGCUCUGAAAUACCUUCACAGCACCAUCUAGUGUAGUGUUUGAUGGAACAACCGGGAACCAUAGCCCAGCCAAGUCGAUGUAAUAUUAAUCGUCACAUGGGGUGAAGACCUAUCAGUCAGUUUUUGCUAAACCAGUAAAUCAGGAAAGAUAAUUUUUGUCAUUAUUACAUUAAGAAAAUCUGUUAUCCAGGUAAGAGUUGAGUACAUAUUAAGAGUUUUUGGAAGAAGUGAGGAGCUGUGAUCUAAAAAAGCUCAUGUUUCCUCCAAGCAGCACAUCUUAACCAAAGAUGUUCCAGCUAAAUGAACCCAGAAUGUUAGGAACGAAAUCUGAAAACGGAUGAUGUGCUUACAAAUUACGCAAGGCUUGUUCUGUAAUGCAAAUGGGUUGUCUUCUUUGAAAUGUAAAGGCACUGAGCCUAAACAUGAGGAAUUUUAAUGUCUGGUGAUUAAGCUAUAGCGAGAAAUUUUAGUUAAUGACCAGGUAUAAGAUGGUGUCAUUAGAUAAUUCUGAUGUCACCAGAACUGAUGUCAGUUGUAGUUUAAGACAG